AUGGGAUGGGAACCACUCGAUGAAUGCCUGUAUUUCGUUUUGAAUAAUACAUUACGAUCACCAGAUCGACAACAAAAAAUAAGACCAUGGUAUUUGUUUUUGAGACUUUUUCUUGGUGCACUCUUUCGUCUUCCAUCACUGUCAAAAACUGCAUACAGAGGUGUGAAAUUAGAUUUGAGCAAGCGUUACAUCGAAGGAAAAACAAUCGUCUGGUGGGGUUUCUCAUCAUGCACAACUACUGUUGGUAUUCUACAAUCAGAACUAUUUUUGGGAACGACAAAUGCCAGGACAAUGUUUACCUUACAAUGUCAAUCAGCUAGAGAUAUUCGUAAACAUUCGUAUUACCAAGCUGAAGACGAAGUACUUCUUAUGGCUGCAACUCAAUUCAAAGUAAUUAGUUAUCUUAAUCAAGAUAAUCUUCAUAUUAUUCAACUAGAAGAAAUUCAUCCACCAUUUCCACUCUUACAACCAGUGCCAAUUGAUAUUCCGCCACCGAUCAAUCCAAUUUGCUUAGUGACUCCCAAUAUUCCAGUUGAUGCUCGAUGGGCACAGAAUGGAAGGAUCAUUGCUGGAGGCCAUGGACGAGGCUAUGCAACGUAUCAGUUUAAAAGCCCAUUUGGUCUUUUCGUUGAUGAUGAUCAAACGAUGAUCAUCGCUGACGCGUCUAAUCAUCGUAUCAUCCAGUGGAAGAUCGGUGAGACCAAUGGGCAAGUGGUAGCUGGUGGCAAUGGUCCAGCAAAUCAAUUGGAUCAAUUGAAUUUCCCUACUGAUAUGUUGAUCGACAAAGAAACUAAUAGUCUCAUUAUCUGUGAUCGAGACAAUCAGCGGAUCGUACGAUGGUCUCGUCGUAGUGGCACCACUCAUGGAGAAAUCCUCAUCGACAACAUCUUCUGUUGGGGACUGGCCAUGGAUGAUCAGAGAUAUCUCUACAUCUCUGACGAUAAAAAACAUGAAGUAAGACGAUACCGAUAUGGAGGGAAAACAGGAACCAUCGUGGCUGGUAGCCAUGAACGAGGCGAUGGUCUGAAUCAACUAAACAAGCCGCGGUACCUCUUUGUCGAUCGAGCACAAGCUGUCUACGUGUCUGACAGAGAUAAUCAUCGUGUGAUGAAAUGGAAUAAAGGUGCAACAGAGGGUAUUGUCGUCGCUGGAGGUCAAGGCGAAGGGAAUGCUCUGACACAAUUGUCGUGUCCUAUGGGACUGCUCGUUGAUACUUUAGGUACUGUCUAUGUGGUAGACUCGGGAAAUCAUCGAGUGAUGCGUUGGCCUAAAGAAGCGAAACAAGGCACUGUUAUUGUGGGUGGUAAUGGUCGAGGAGAAGGCGCAAAUCAGUUGAACGAACCUGCUGGUUUGUUCUUCGAUCGUCAUGGCCAUCUUUAUGUCGUCGAUUGUUCGCAUUGUCGAGUUCAACGAUUUUCUAUGGAAUAG